AUGAAGUCAAUCGAGCCAUGGCUUAAGACCAAACGACCAUCUGAAGAUGGGAGAGAAUACAGGCGAUCACCUGCUGACAGGAAGAAGCUAGAUGGCCUAUACGAGCGCAUAUUUUGUGCUUGCGGUACUACUUCCUGCCCUUCUUACUGGUGGAACCCAGAGGAGUAUCUCGGCCAUGCUGCUUUGCUUCAUGCUAACCAAUUGAACUCCGACAGCCGGGACGAUUUCACUGAGGAAAGGCUGCAGGCCUUAACAGAAGACUUCAAGAGAUUGUAUAGAUGCAGGACUAUAAAGAAUUGCACAAUAAUCUGCCCCCAAAACCUGAAUCCAGCUGAUGCAAUUCAUAAGAUGAUGACCAAGCACAUGCUUUCUGAACCAAUGGAGAGGGUUGAAAGCCUGUAG